ACUGCAAUGUUUGCUGGUCGCAUCGCAACGCCUUAACAACAUGCCACUGAUUUGGCGUUAAUUAUCACUUUUUGUCGGUGUUACUAUAAAUACACUAAUGUACUUUAUUUUUAGGAACGUAAGGAUAUAUUUUCUUAACAUUUGGCACCCAAACGAUGCGUUUCCCGCCCCCGUCCUGCAGGGUGCGCUAAACUUCAGCCAAAACGGCAGCUUUUCACCGGAAGUAGUGGCUGUCACGUUAGCAUCACAAUUAGCCGCAGCAACCGAAUUAGCGUCUAACAUUUUUUUUUAUUAUACGUCAUUAUUGAGUCUUUGGCGGGAUGUCGGGAAGGAAGCGGGACCGGGCGAGCGAGAAACAUGACAGCAAGCGGGAGCACAAAAGACACAAAUCGAGCAAAGAGGACGACGAGAAGAUCAAGAGCCAGAUGAAGAAACUCAACCAGCAAGUGCAGAACCUCAAACACGUGGAGACAUUCUAUGAAAAACCUCCACCUGGGUACAUUAAGGAACACGAGGAGAAACCAGAGGACUGUAUACCCGCGGAACCCGGGAAUGAAGAAGCCCGCAGCUUCCUGGCUAACGCGCCCACCAGGGGCCUGUGGAUGCCCCUGGGGAAGGAGGUGAAGGUGAUGCAAUGCUGGCGGUGCAAGCGUUACGGCCAUCGCACCGGAGACAGAGAGUGUCCAUUUUUCAUCAAAGGCAACCAGAAGCUGGAGCAGUUCCGUGUGGCUCACGAAGACCCGAUGUAUGACCUCAUCCGUGAAAACGAACGCAACGAAAAAGAGACCAGGAUCCAGCAGCUGCAGCAACUUCUCCAGGACACCACCUCCUCCUCCUCCUCCUCCUCCUCCUCCUCGUCAUCAUCAUCCUCCGACAGCUCCUCGUCUUCGGAGCGCCACCGCAGCAAGAAGAAGAAGAAGAAGAAGAAGGGGAAGGACAAUAAGAAGAAGAAGGAGAAGAAGAGAAGUAAAAGCAAGAAGAAGCACAAGUCCUCCAAACCUAGCGACUCCUCGGACUCGGACUGACCGGUUAAUCCCAGCCAGUAGGAGGCGCUGUGGUUCCCUCCUCCCCCCUCCCGCAGGUUUGACGCCGCCAUCUUUGAGCAGACCAAAAGAGAUGCUUAACACAAUUUUACCCCCACUCUCUUUUUUGUCUCCCCGCCAUCUUCCAUUUCUGUGGAAACACUCACGACUCUAAAAGCCCUGGACGGAAAAACCGCCACCGCACCGCGGAUUCCGCAGCAGAGUGAAGACUCGCAGCAUACUUGGGAUGGUUUGAGGUUUAGGUUGCUUUGCUCUGGAAAAGGCGGGUAAAGAAUGUACGCGGCCGAUUCUAGUCUUCUCAGAAUAAAGACCUUUUUCCUCCCCCAGCCUGUGUAGCAACUCUGAGGACGCGUCUUUUGCCUGACGCGAGACCGCAGUUGGACACCAGCUCUUCAUUUGUCUCCGUUCUCCCGAGUCAUACCCAAAGACGAUAAAAAUGGGAGCCAUUACCUCCCUGCUUGGCACUCAGCAUCAAAGGUUGGAAUUGGGGGGUUAAAUCACCCAAAAAUGAUUCCUGGGCGUGGCCACCGCUGCUGCUCACUGCUCCCCUCGCCUCCCAGGGGGGUGAUCAAGGGUGAUGGGUCAAAUGCAGAGAGUAAUUUCGCCACACCUAGUGUGUGUGUGUGUGACAAUCAUUGGUACUUUAACUUUAUUAGUUGUCACUCGCUGGUCCCAGUUUGCCCACUUUGGUGGCUUGCAGGUCUCUCGGGCCAAAACUCUAAAGCAGGCCUGGGCAAUUAUUUUGACUCGGGCGGCCACAUUUAGAGGAAAAAAAUGUGUCUGUUUUUAGGAACACUAAUACAAAACCUCACAAUAAUGCUAAAAACGUUAUGACAGACCGCCUUAAAAUACCGAAUGGAAUUUUACAUUUUUCUAUGAAGGAUAAAACACUGAAUAUUGACAAAAUAUGAAUGUCACACCCCCUUCCGAUCGACAUAUUUUACAAUCAAGUGAAACGCAACAAAAAUGCAACAGACAGU